GACAGGCAUCUCCUCUCCGCUUCCUCUUCCGCCGUCGGCGCUGCCCCCUCGGGUCUCCCUCCGGCCCGCUCCUUCUCUCUCGGCUCCAGUCCUCCACCCGAGAUCCACCGCCCGCCCAGCCCCCGCGGCCUCUCGCCGGCCGCAUCAAGCACCACGGAGGAUCCCUCUUAAAUUCAAGUAAUCGUCUUGGUUUUCAGCUCUAAAGGGUGAGGCUUGAAUAAUAAGGGAGAAGUGGAGGGAUCUUGAAUGACGGGCGGAUCAGGUGUGGUGGUGCUAGACAAUGGGGGUGGUCUUCUGAAGGCUGGUUUUGGUGGGGACAAGGAUCCAAUUGCUGUUGUCCCCAACUGUAUAGCAAAGUCCCCUGGUUCCAGCACAAAUUCAAAGAAAUGGCUAGCGGCUGACCAACUGCAGGCACAAGAUAUUGAUGUGACUGGUAUGACAUUGAGGCGUCCUGUUGAUCGUGGCUAUCUUAUCAAUACAGAGGUGCAGCGGGAGGUGUGGGAACGGGUUCUGCGCAACCUGCUCCAAGUGGAUCCUACAAAUUCAUCCUUGCUAUUGGUGGAGCCACAGUUCAACCCUCCAGGACUGCAGCAUGCUACUGACGAACUGGUGUUUGAGGAGUUUGCGUUCAAAUCUCUUUGUGUUGCAGACUCUUCCUCCCUUGUCCACCUUUAUGAGGCUAGUCGCCAGCCAUCGCUCUUGAAAUCCCAAUGCAGUCUUGUUGUUGACUGUGGCUUCUCCUUCACCCAUGCAUGCCCGGUCCUUCAGAACUUUACCCUGAAUUAUGCUGUGCGGCGCAUGGACCUUGGUGGCAAGGCCCUCACGAACUAUCUCAAGGAGAUCGUUUCAUACCGUUCCCUUAAUGUCAUGGAUGAGACCCUGCUCAUUGAUGAUACAAAGGAAAAGCUAUGCUUUGUGUCCCUUGAUGUCCCUUGUGAUCUUCAACUCGCUAGGUUAUCUCUUAAAGAGAACCCUUUUAGAUGUUCAUACAUUCUCCCUGAUGGCAUAAUGUACAAGAAAGGGUUUGUUAAAGACUUGGAUGAAGCACGUCGAUACUGUUCUCUGCCUGGUGAUACUGACAUAAACAAGUUCGAUGAUCGGAAAAAGGCUGAAUUAGGUCAAAAUGAAUUUGCUUUGACCAAUGAGAGGUUCCUUGUCCCGGAGAUGCUUUUUCAUCCAAUUGAUCUGGGUAUGGAUCAAGCUGGCCUUGCUGAGUGUAUAGUUCGUGCUGUGCAAGCCUGCCAUCCAUAUAUUCAACCAGUGCUUUUUGAAAGCAUUAUCUUGACAGGCGGAAGCACAUUGUUCCCUCGCUUUGCUGAAAGACUGCAAAGAGAACUUCGACCUAUUGUGCCUGGGGAGUAUCAGGUGAAGAUAAUUCCUCAAGAGAAGCCAAUUCUUGGUGCCUGAAGAGGAGGAUCUAUCUUGGCGUCCAGCCCUGAUUUUGAAUCGAUGUGUGUCACGAAAUCAGAGUACGAGGAAAUGGGAUCAGAACGCUGUCGUCGAAGAUUUUGUCACUGAAGAGUUACUUCAGCGGCUCAUGAGAGGACGAAGAGGUCAAUGUAGUUUGUAAAUAGCAUGAUGUAGCCUGUUUUAGAUGAUAUGUGUUUAACAACUACCAUGCAAACUAGAAGGGGAACACUGUAAAAUCUCCUCUACAUUUUUUAGCCGCCACUUGGAAUCCUAGCCGCCUUCACUUCAGCCUCCUCCAUAGAUCACGGUUUCCUCUCCUCCGGUCAGCUUCGCCGUCGUUGGGUCGAGUGGGGAACCCGAUCUAUGCGUGUAGUUUCCAAUAAAAGCAGUGUUUCCAGUAUAUUAUGUUACGAUUUUGGUAGCCUUCUUCUUCUUAGUUUCCCCGCAAUUGAGAUGGU